UAUUACUGAGUGCUAGACCAGCCAGGUUUGAUCUUGCACAGGAUUUGAAUAAUAAGACACUAGCUGCAUCCUUCAAGAUGAAAACAAAUAGGGUGAUCAGUUUGACAUCACUGCUGUCUAUUUGCAUCUGGAUGGUACAAAGUCAGACAAUCAAGCCAGAGAUCACACCUAAUGAUUUCCAAGCCAAAAUCACCACUAAUUCUGUAAUACUGAAACAGCCGCACUGUUAUUUUAUCCAGACAUGCACUCCAGAUGACUGUGAGAUUUGGCUGGUGCCGGCGCUAGUCUCAGCAACCAGCACCUUUGAAACGGACAGCGUAAAUGCCAACAUCCUCAGCCUGUCACCUUAUCCAUCAGCAUUCAUUGACCAGCUGUCAAAAAACUACUUUCUGACCAAAGUUGGACUUCAGAAAGAUUUCCCCUGCAGUGCAGCCUCAGAUGCUCUAUACUUCAUAGUCGGAGCAGAUGGGAAAUGUGCUACGCCCAACUGCAAUGGAGUAUUACCUGUUGGAUCCACUUUUAGGUUCAAGUAUCUUCUUGUCAGUGGAACCAGCAAGACUAUUCUUAAUCAGACAGACUGGUCUGACAACAUCAAUCUUAACACUCCAAAAGACCCUCAAAGCAUUUACGAUGGUCUUAGUAGGAGAUCUGGUGCCAUGGUUGUCAUUACUACCAUUCUCUGUGUGGCUGUGGCUCUACUUUUGCUCUUUUUCUUCAUCAUGCUGUGCUUAGUCUGCUGUGGCAGAAAAGACUCCAAGCCCAUCACAGUUGUGAACUCAUUUCGUAUCCCCCGCUAUGACAUCCAUAACCUGAAGGACCCAGUGCAGCACUACGACAAUCCUGCCUAUGAAUCAGAGGGGAAAAAAUAUUCCACAUCUGACACUCUGCCCAGAUCCGGAGCAGUUGACACUUCAGAUGCCAUAAAGCUACAAAAACUGUGAGCUUCCAAAGACACCGUCAUUGCAUUGCGAAUAAUGUGGAAACAAAAUUACUAUGCAGUUUCUCCAAAGAAACCAUAGAACCGAACCAAAAACUAUUAACAGUGAAAAAUGGUUCCUGAUGAACCUAAGGUGCUGCAAAGAACCAUUAAAUAACUUUAUUUCAAAGAGUGUAGUGGAAAAGAAAUGAGGAAAACAAAUCAUGGAAAACUUAAAAUUAAGCCAUUAAUUGUAUGACACUCAAAUUGCGUAUGUAUGUUACAUUGCUGUCUGUCUAUCAAGUGCUUUUUGAGCAUAGGCACAUUUAUAAACGCUUUGAUGAGAUCA